AUGGAUAAUGGAUAUGAUCUCCCAUGGGAGUGUAAAGGAGAGGGAUGGGAGUAUCCCUCCACCUUUGCCCCUCCUCUGCAGGUGGCCAUUGAGGCCAGCGAUGGAGCGUCGGACUACGGCAACAAGUUUGGAGAACCUGUCCUCUCAGGCUUUGCUCGUUCCUUCGGCAUGCGGCUGGCUAAUGGGGAGCGACGGGAAUGGAUUAAGCCGAUCAUGUUCAGUGGUGGUCUCGGUUCUAUCGAAGAUAUCCACGUGAAGAAAGAAGCGCCAGAGCCUGGAAUGGAGGUGGUGAAGAUCGGAGGGCCGGUGUACAGGAUCGGUGUAGGAGGAGGAGCAGCCUCUUCUGUUCAAGUCCAGGGGGACAACUCCAGCGACAGGGAUCUGGGUGCUGUCCAAAGGGGAGAUGCUGAGAUGGAGCAAAAGAUGAACCGUGCUCUCAGGGCAUGCCUGGAAAGAAGUGGCAGAAAUCCGAUCUGCAGUAUACAUGAUCAGGGGGCAGGAGGAAAUGGUAAUGUGCUCAAGGAGCUCAGUGAGCCAGCAGGAGCUGUGAUAUACUGCAGUAGAUUCAAGAAAGGUGACCCCACACUGAGUGUGCUGGAGCUUUGGGGGGCUGAGUAUCAGGAGAGCAAUGCCCUCCUGCUGCAGCCAUCAGACCGCUCCUUCCUGGAGAGGGUGUGUCAAAGGGAGAAGUGUCCUGUUGACUUUGUGGGAAACAUCACAGGAGACGGCAAGAUUGUGCUGAUCCAUGACGAGGGAGGAAGCGGCGACGAGGCAGACAGCGGGCGUCGUCCUGUGGACUUGCAGCUGGAGUGGGUUCUGGGAAAGAUGCCGCAGAAGGAGUUUAAGAUGGAGUCACUGGCCCUGAAUCAUCAAACACUGAGUCUUCCUGCUGGGCUGACUGUCAAAGAUGCUCUGCACAGAGUUUUACGUUUGCCUGCUGUGGCGUCCAAACGCUACCUGACCAACAAGGUGGACCGGUCUGUGACUGGGUUGGUUGCCCAGCAACAGUGCGUCGGCCCUCUUCACACCCCAUUGGCCGAUGUGGCUGUUGUUGCUCUAUCACCUUUCAGCCUAGAGGGAGCAGCAACAGCCAUUGGGGAGCAGCCAAUUAAAGGGCUGGUGUGUCCUGCAGCAGGGGCUCGCAUGGCUGUGGGUGAGGCUCUGACCAAUCUGGUGUUUGCAAGGGUAACAGAACUAAAGGAUGUGAAGUGUAGUGGUAACUGGAUGUGGGCUGCUAAGCUGCCUGGAGAGGGGGCGUGCCUGUGGGAGGCCUGCCAAGCCAUGUGUGCAGUCAUGGGUCAGCUGGGAGUGGCCAUCGAUGGAGGCAAGGACUCUCUGAGCAUGGCUGCUAGAGUUGGAAAAGAGACGGUCAAAGCUCCAGGUGCUCUUGUUAUUUCAGCAUAUGCUGUUUGCCCUGACAUCACUGCUACUGUGACGCCUGAUCUCGAGGAUCCAGAUGGCAAAGGCGUGUUGUUGUGGGUUCCUCUCAGUCCAGGCCUUCAUCGUCUAGGAGGCUCUGCCCUGGCUCAGUGCUACAGCCAGCUGGGAGACUGCUCUCCUGACCUGGACCAGCCAGAACUAUUGACAGCCUGUUUCAACACCACUCAGAAACUCAUACACGAUCGCCUGCUGAGUGCAGGUCAUGACAUCAGUGACGGAGGCCUUCUUACCUGCUUGCUAGAGAUGGCGUUUGCAGGAAACCGUGGGAUUGAUGUUGAAUUGACUUCACAAGGAGCUGGAGCCAUGGAGCUGUUGUUCAGCGAGGAGCUGGGUUUGGUUCUGGAGGUUUCUCAGUCAGAUUUAGAAACUGUGUGUCAAAGAUACAGCGAUGCAGGCGUCCAGUGCCUUCAUAUCGGCAGAACAUGUGGCUUUGGACCAGAAGCCAUGAUCAGGGUCCGUGUAGAUGGAAAGGAGGUGCUGAGGGAGCUGCUGCCUGACCUCAGAGCAAUGUGGGAGGACACGAGUUUCCAGCUGGAGCGUCUCCAAGCCAAUGAGCUGUGUAUUAAACAGGAGGAGGAGGGGCUAUCAAAGAGGACACAGCCAUACUUUAAACUGACCUUUAACCCCUCUGAAAUGCCCACCAUCAGCCAACCUGCACGUGUUGCUGUGGUCAGAGAGGAGGGCAGUAAUGGAGAUCGAGAGAUGUCUGUCUCUCUGUACAUGGCGGGCUUUGAGGUUUGGGAUGUCACCAUGCAGGACCUGUGCACUGGCUCACUAACCCUGGACCCUUUCAAAGCAGUUGUCUUUGUUGGUGGUUUCAGCUAUGCAGACGUCCUGGGAUCAGCUAAAGGUUGGGCAGCUACUGUUGCCUACAACCCCAAAGCCAAGGCUGAAUUUGAUCGUUUCCGACAACGUGAGGAUACAGUGAGUCUGGGCGUAUGUAAUGGCUGUCAGCUGCUCACCUUGCUGGGCUGGGUGGGAGAGAGCGAGGAAGGAGUGGAAUCUGAAGUGGUGCUGAGUCACAAUAAGUCAGGCAGGUUUGAGUCGCGUUUUGUCAGCGUUGGGAUCCAGGACUCUCCAUCCAUCUGGCUGAGAGGCAUGGAGGGCUCAGCGCUGGGAGUCUGGGUUGCACAUGGAGAAGGUCUUGUGCAAUUCUGUAGCUCUCGGGCUCAGGACCUGAUUAUUUCUGGUGGACUAGCCCCCCUCCGUUACCUUGACGACCAGGGUCAUCCCACUGAAGAGUACCCUCUCAACCCCAACGGCUCACCUCAGGGUAUCGCAGGACUCUGCUCCAGGGAUGGCAGACACCUGGCCAUGAUGCCCCACCCGGAGCGCUGCACCCUGACCUGGCAGUGGCCCUGGGCCCCGAGGGACUUCAGACCUUCUCUCACACCUUCACCCUGGCUGCAUAUGUUCAAGAACGCAGCUUCUUGGUGCAGCAAUCAAGAGUGAUAUUCCUCCAUUAACAUGUUUCUAGUGCUGUCAAAGUAGGGGGUCAACUAAAACUGCCAUGUCUGUUUACGUUUUGUUGCCCAGCUUUUUACCCACUGGGGUAUGCUGGUGUUUAUGCAUUAAUACUGCCUGUUAUACUUUAUUGACUUAUGGAUUAAACAUGAAUUCCAUAGGUUUAAUCUGUAUAUUGUACAAAACUGCAGGUCUGCUGUUAUUAGUGUUGGUCUGCUGAAACAUCCACUACUGAACUUGCUAACAAUAAAUGAUUUAAUACUGGAAAAAAGUGGUGUUGUGUGACA